UUGUUUUCUUUGUUCCAGCUGUAUGCUUUGGAGAGGUCAUUUUGUUUGUCACAGUAUCCAGAUACCGCCACAAUGGAGGAACUUGCUGACCUGUGUAAUGUUUCAACAGACAAAAUAUCAACAUGGUUCCAGAACCGAAGAUCUAAGUUCAAACGUCAAUCUAAAGACUCCAACAUUGCCUGGAUGAGGAAGCACAUCUUCAACAGAGACCCAGCAGUAAAAGAAAAUCAUGUACUGUCACCACCAACAACAGAAAGUAUCAGAUGUGCUCCCAAAUCAAAGUAAGUCUAUAUAUUAAACAAUAGCACUGUUACCAGCC